CAGGCGAGCUUCGCGUUUCAUUGAUUUCCCUCGAGAGCUUUUUCUGAGUCCCUCCUUUCUGUUCCUCGCUUCCCUCUAUCUCCCUUCCCUCCGUCGCUGUAUAUUUGAGUCUCUCUCGCCUCUUCACCUCUCCGUCCGCCUCCGACCCUCUCUUCUGCUUGCGUGUCGUCCCCGACGCGUUCUCUUUUUCUUGGGUGACUCCAAGAUGACUCGACCGAAUCCGCCGAAGAAGAAGGGCCAAGGGAGGCCUGCGACGCCUGCUGCGAGGCGCAUGCAGCAGGCUCCAGCUCCGUUCGAGAAAAGGAAGAAGACAGUGGGAGGGCCUAAAGAGAGGCCUGCCUCGUUCACCGAUACCCGCGUCACCGCAAAAAACAACUUUCUCCUCGCGCGUCAGCGUCGACAAGAAGAGAGAGAAGAGCGGGAGGGGUCCUUCUUGAAGAAGAGGCUCCCCGCCACUUCCCUCAGUCCCCGAGAGGCUGCCAAAGACCUCGAAGAAGCCCUCCAGAAGAUUCGCCACCCGACGCCUCGAAUCCGUGUCACAGGACUGGUGCAUCUGUCGUCCUCCCUCUCUCGCCUGCUUGCCGCGCCUCUUUGCGCCCACAUAGAAAGUUCUUCUUCUCAGUUUUCUUCUCUGCUGAACCCUCUCCUCCCCACUCUGCUUCCCGCUCUCCUAGGCAGCGGCUUGUCCGAACGCGACCCCGCAGCUCGCACAGCUGUUCGGGCGUCUUGGGCGAGUCUCCUGUCUCUUGUGGCUCCACUUCGGGCGCGUCCGGGGCGGCGGGGCCUUGGCCGCAGAGGCGCCGGGGGAGGCGCGACCGCGGUCGGUGGCGAGACGGGCCACGGCGACGAGCCUUGGGACGGAGAGACAGAGGCGAGACAAGAGGGAGAUUCACAGAUUCUCUGUGCCCACCGAAAGCGCAUCGCCAUUUUGCUGCAGAAUGGCUUAACCGCCUUGGACCCCGAUACACGCCUAGACACUUUGCGCUUAAUCGACACGGCGCGGCGUCUCUGUCCUUCUCUGCUCGUCGGGGAAGAAGAGCUCCCCUUCAGCAUCAUCAACGUGCUCACAUGCAGGACAGCAACUCUGCCGGCAUUCACCUCUUUGGCUCUGCCUCUGCUGCUUCAUCUGCUUCCCCCGCAUCUGCCUUCGCUUCCGCGAGUGCCUUUUCUCUCGUCUGCGUUUUCGUCUCCCCGUUUCUCGGCCUCGACAGCGGCAGGGACGAACGCCCUGAGCGCCAGAAAGGAUGCAAUAUGGACCGCGCUCUCUCCGCCACAACAGGCUCGGGUGAAGCAACUCGCCGCCCUCUUCAACAAGACAUGCAAACUGUGGCUGCAACUCAUCGAGGACUUGAAGGCAACCUGCCGCGGGAGGCCAGCGAGUCUCGCGCUCUCUGCACUCCACGCCGGAGGCUCCAAAGAGACGGACGGCCAGAAGCAUCGCCUCCAGAAAGCCGGAAAGGACAACCUCUCCGAUCUUCUUCUCCAUUUGUUCAACUGCCUUCGGCUGUUGUACCUUCUUCUUCUUGGGACCCGACAACUCCUGCCUGACGAGCACGUAGCGCGUAUGGUGGAGAAUGAGGAGGCAGAGAGAAGCGAGGGAGGAUCUGCGUCGCUCGCGACCAACUGCGACGUCCACGGCAACCCUGCUCGGCGCCUCUCUUCUCUUCAAAGUGAAAAAAACUGUCUCCUCGUUGUCCUGCUUCUGCAGCUCUCGGAAAGUGCCAGUCUAAAGCCCCAGGACGAAUCCGGCUCAAAAGGAACGCUGACGCAUAACCAAUCGGGCGACCUCUUUUUCUUCUUCGUGAGGCACGUUCUGUCCUCCCUGUCUUUCCUGCUCUCCUUCUCCCUUCCUGCGGAUACUCCUGCGGCGUCUGCCUCGUGCUCCGCGCUUCUCCAGGCUCUGCGUCUCGGCCUGGCGUCUCUGACGUUCCGACUCGCCUCCUUUCCGCUGUCUCCGCUCCUCACCAACACCGGCGAGGUUUUCGCCUCGGGCAGCGCCGGAGCUUUGUGGGCCUUUUCCCCCCUGCGAACCGCGGCAGGCGGCCGAGAUGCGUCUCAGUCAAUUCGUGGGGCGAGUGUGAAGAAGCGAGGCCGCGAGAGCGAAAAAGCAUGCGAUGGAGAUUCCGCGAGCGAAGUGGAUGGUCUCCCCACUCUCCUGCUUCCUCCGGCAUUCACCUCGCUCUUUCUGUCUUGCUACCUGACUGCUCUGCUCUUCCUCUUGCACUUGGCGAGACAAAUGCGCAGUGGACUCGAAAGCGUCCAGGCGGAGCUACGGGGCCAGGGACCCCGAGCGAAGAGCGCGCACAAGAAAGUCGCGAAGGAAAACAUUUUUCUCUUGAUAACGCGGACGGGAAACGCAGCUUUUUGUGUUCCUCUCGAGCUCGGUCCUUCUGCUCAAAGCCUUCGCGUAGAGGGCGACGGCGUUGUGGGUUCGCCUGGCCCUACCGCCGGAGGGCAGCGUGGAGACUUCCUGGAGUCAGCGCCUCGCUCUUGUCUGUCACACUUUGCCUUCUUCUCCUUCUCGCGAAGAACUGUCUUCCUCACGGACUUGAUCCUCCAGGCCUGCACUGCCUUCUUCGCUCCCUUGGUCUCUGGCCUGCAAGCCGAAGUCGAUCGUUUCACGAGCCGAGCCGGUGGCGGAGCCGAAGCGUCUGUCUCACUGUCGCGGCGCCUCGAUGUCUCCUCAUCUGCACCCACUUUCUUCUCUCUCAUUCUCUCGUCACUCUUUCCUUCUCUCGGGUCGCGUGGUUCGCGCGGCGUCUCAGGGAAAAGAAAAACGCUCUUUGCUCCUGCGCUCCUUCACAACUGCCUUGAAGACCUACGACGCUCUGCCUUCUUCGAUGAACUGCUCAGGGGUGAGCAAGAAGAGCAAGAAGGCGAAGAUCAACGAGCAGAAGAACGCAAAGGUGAAGAAGGAGGAGCAGAGGAUAGGGGACAGAGAAACGAGGGCAAGAACGAGGCGAGAGGGAGCGCGGCCUCUCACCUGGUGGCGGCUGUUCUAGACACAUUCAGUGCACUCGAGCAAACGACGUGGAAGAGAAGCCGCGCCCGCGAAGAAUCUUCUGUUUCUUCUCCGCAUUCAGAAAGCGUCUCGCCGCGGGAACAGAGCCAUGCCGCCUCUGCAUGCGUACUCGGAAUACAAACCAUCCUAGUCGAAUCGGUUUCCCUGCUUGUUUCGCUCCCUCUCGUCUCUCCGUACCCCCAUGCAGCUCCCGAAGGAAGACGAAGAAAGCCGACAGAAGUAGUAGAAGCAGAGGAAGACCAUGAAGAAGAUGAAGAAGAAGAAGACGACGAAGAAGAAGAAGAGGGAGAUGAAGAAAAAGAAGAGGGAGACGAAGAAGAAGAGGGAGACGAAGAAGAGGAAGAAGAUGAAGAAGAGGUUUCACCUAUUUCACCUCCUGAGAAGAACGACGAUGUAGAAGAUGAAGGAUCUUCACAAGAAAAAGAUGCGUGUGGAAAGAAUGCACGUUCUUCCUCUCUUCCCACGAAUCUCGACCCUCGAGAAGACGUUUCUGCUUUUGUCGGUUGCGAGAAGAGGUCGAAGCUCGCCGUUUGUGCGUCUCCGGAGAGAGUCCCGGACGACGGCAUCACGCAGCUGUCUGUGACGCUUCUGCCGCUUGCAUUUCUUCUCUUGGGUGCUGCGCCGACAGAGAUUGCCGCUGCUUUGCCUUCUGUUCUGUCUCCGCUGUAUCGGACGUUUUUCGCUGCCCUCGAAGACCCACCCUUCUCCGUCUCUGGGGACUCACGUCUCGCCCAGGUCCUCGCAUCGUGCGCCGCCGCAGGCGACGGUCCUUCGCAUGCACGGCAACAGAAAAAGCAAAGAUCGAGUGCGAAUCUCAGAGACACCGGCGGGCGCGAAGAGACACCUGGAGAAAGGCAACACGGAGCAGACAACGCGUCGCCUAGCGCGGGCGGGAACAGGGCUCCCCAGCAGAUGAAAGAGACAGGGGACAGUCGCCAGUCCCCCACGAAGGGGGACAGCGAAGUCACGCUGGGAGAGGAAGCGAAGCGAGCGGAAGAGACGCAGAAGGCGAGGGCAAAAGGCCGCGCGGGAACUGUGGAAAACGCGUCAGGCAGUGCGAACCCCCGAACUCGCAACUGGGGGGUUCUUGUUGGGCAAAUGUAUGUGAAACUGUGUUCAACAGUCGCUGCUCUCUCUUCUGGGGACGACAUGAGAGGAGAGAGAGGAGAGCGAGACGUAGGCGAAAAGAGGAACGAAAGAGCGUCUGAGCGCGAAGAAAGCACGCCACAGAGGGCCAGUGUGGCACACGUUCAUCGGGCUGCGGAAAUGGCGAACUGGAUCGCCCAGGUCAUGAGGCAUAUUGCUCUUCGUCGGAAUGAAAAGGUGGAGUUUUUGGGCCUCUUUCGAGCGUUCGAGUCUUCUCUACUUUCUCUCUUCUUCUCUCCGGGCGGGCAGGCGCAUCCAGAACGACACCCCGAGACCGAGGCUUGUCUUUUCCAGCGUGCGUCGCUCUCUCGGUCUUCAGAGCUGAGUCCAGGUCGAGCUCCGCUCUUUUUCCAUCUCCCUUCUGCGUGUCGAUCCUUGCCACUGUCUCUCCUCUCUCUUCUCGACAGAAGGUCUCUCUGCGACUUGCUGCCUCAGCUUCUCCGCACCUUGGUGUUGCCUUCUCGCAGCACGUCACCGCGAGUCUCCUCGUCGCCACAGUCUCCCUCUUCUUCCUCGCCUGAGCUUCUUCAAGCUACCGCCUCGUCGCGAGCUCCUCCGCCUGAUGCGUGUCUCCCCCGCAUUUCUAUCUCAGCGUCUUCGCGAUGCGAGGCUGAGGGUUGCCAAGAUCUUUUGGAAAUCCUUCUUCGCAGCCUGACGUCCUCCAGUUUCAGCGAUGCUCAGGGCGCCUCCGCGGACGCCGACCAGGCGAGCGUCCGCCGCGCUUUCCAGUGGCUGGAGAAGCUCCUUCUGUCUCUCUUGUGCAGUGCCACGAAGCCCUUCGCAGACUCUCAGGAGGCGACGAGAAGCGUCGCGAAACUUGCUGCGCGUCCAGGGAGUGAAGUCGGACAGAGCGUAGGCGAGACAGGCUGUCGGGGGACAGCGAAGGCAGCCGGCGACGACGGCCGAGGAGCGAGUACCCCAAAACGAAGAAAACUCGACAGUGAUGGGCAGGCAGCAGGUGAAGACCGCAGGGCAGACGAGGCGGCGAACAGGGAGGAGAACGGCGACGUCUCUGUCUCUCCACUGGAAGAGACUCUACGGCACGAUGAGGAGUCUUCUUGUUCGCUGAGUUCGUCUUUGCCACCUUGCUUCUUCCUGCCCUCUCACCUGCCGGCUCUGUUGAAUGUCGCGGCGAAGGUAUCCACGGACAUUCUGAGAGAAGGCUUUCUGCGGUUUCCUUCGCUCUUUCGCGAGCCACAGCGUGCAGCGGCCCGCGAGGCGCGGUCUGAGGGGAACUUGACAGGGUCGGCAAUGCUCCAGAAUGAAGGCAAACGAGAGGGCGCAACCUGUUGCCCCAGGUGUACCAUUCUCGAAACCAGAAUUUUUCCACUCCUCGAAACUGUUCUACAGAUCGCCAUCUCAGGUACUUCCCACCCCGUCGCCUCGUCUUCUACUUCUUCUUCCCUGUCUUCUGUUGUCGCUUCUUCUGUCUCCUCUUCUGCUUCUUCUCUCCCCGAGGCGAGUUUGGACGCUCGCGGCUGUUUUUCCUAUGCGGCCUUCUUCGGCCGUUUGCAUGCGGUCACGGCGACGCUAGUUUUUUUUCGCGAGUGUCUGGCGGAGGUCGGUCCUUCUUUUCUGUUUCUUGAAAGGCGUAACAGUGUGUGGGCCUCUUCCACCCGGCCUUCCGCUUUCUGUUUAGCUGCAGCUUCUCCCGCAAAACUCUCUCUGCAGUCGGCUGCGUACAGUUUCCCCCAGGCCGCUACACAAGGCCCAGAGCUGUGUCCGUACACGUCGGCUCUGCCUGUUCAGCGAGUCACCGACGGUGUCGCUUUCCACCAAACGUAUUACUUCUUGUCCCAGAAAUACAGAUAUUUGGUGGAUUCCCUGGCAGGGGGCGUCGACGUUGGACAAGCGGCAGAGACGAAAGUUAAGACGCUGACGUUCACCGACUGGAUCGCGGCCCGUCCGCUGCUCUCCCCGAUUUCUUCGAGUCUUCGUCUGCUGCUUCUCUUCCUUCAAAAUCCCCUUUUUCGUGCCGUCGCAGCGCCUCUGUCUCCUUCCUGUCCCUCGUGCUCGACGAGUCCUCCCUUGGCAGAACUGGCAUGCAUCCCAGAAGAAAGGAGCCUUGGAACUGCGUUGGGCGCAGAGACGGCGCGUCUCCUUUUCGGCUGUAUGUACAGUCUAGAGGUUCCCGCGCUUGACUGGGGCAACCCCGAAGACAACGAGGCACCGGGCGGCGACGUAAAGCACGGGGAGGAAACCUGCUCCACGGCUGGAGAAACUGACGAUCUGUCUCUGGACGCGGUGUUGAACGGACCCUUGGGGAAACCGCCAGCUGACGAAGACAGAAAGGAAGGAAACUCGGUGUCUGAUUCGCUGGCGAAGGCGUCUGGGCACGAGGCUGCUGCCUUUCUCGGCUUGCUCAUCGACCUCGUCUGCGCCACUGCCUGUCUGUGUCCAUGUCUCUCUGCACGCGAGAGAGAGACAUCACAGGACGAAGGAGACGCAGAGUCUCUCAUGCUCUUCACUCACUUCUUCAGGUUCUUCGUCUUCCUCUUGAGGGCGCUCGACAUGUUGCUUCGCGAUCAACUUGUGGGGUUCCCGGCUGCGUGCGAGACGAGAGAAAGCGACGGGAGCGAAGCGGAGACACGCAGAGGCGAAGAAGCCGAAGAAAGCGGAAAGCCAGCCCCCCGAGAAAAAUCAGAUGCACUCGGAGAGCCAAGGGGACAAGGUGAAAGUCGACAAACGGUGGAGGAGUGGGAAAACGGCAGGGACCGAACGGGUGCAGAACCGGCUUCUGUUAUCGCUGUGCUUGAUGCGCUUCUUUCUGAAGAAAAACUGAAGCUGGAAAGCAGGAAAGGAAACGCGGACGAAGGCCAAUCGGCGAAAGAGGGGAAGCACAUGUUCGCAUCAGCAACCAAACACACAUCGCCAGAUUGUGAGACUGGGAGGCAAACCGAGAGAGAACAGCGAGACGGAGUGGAGGCGGGCGAGGCCGCACAGGGACGAGGCGAGCACCUUGAGAUCCUUCUGACCUGUCUGGCGAUCGCCCUCGGGAUCCACGACCGCGCGCGAACACGCCUGGCAGAGACGCACUUUGGAGCGCGACGAGCCGAGCGCAUGCACUGGCUGGGUGUGUAUCGGAGGACGAAAGCCGAGGAACAAUGGCGAAAAAGAAACGCACAGCUGCCUCUCUGGCGGCGCCAUCUCGCGACGCAAGGCUUCGACCCGGAAAGAGAAACAGGAGAAGGCGAAGCUAGAAGACUUAGCAGAGACCAGCAGGGAUGCCUGUUCUUUUCAUCUCCUGUUCGGAAUGGAGAGCAAGUGGCGGGCAGCGGCCAGGCACAAACAGAGAGGGGAGCGCGACCCGUCCUACUCUCAGAUGAUGAUGAUGAUGACGAGGCGCUGGACGCAUUGGAGAGGAAAGAGCGAGAGAAUGAAGAACGAGAGUGGAGCGUCAUUCUGUGCAGGGAUGAAAGUGGAGGACAAGUCGUUAGAGAGAUCUCCAAGGAAUUGCUUCAUAUCACUCUGCCGCGUGCUGCGAAGAUGCUGAGUCGACCAGGAGGAGAGACACGAAAUGCCCGCGUUCUAUAUUUUAUCAGGCGUCACUUGAAGAGGCUCUCUGUACCUCCCCGUUCUGUUUUAGGGGAGAGAAGAACGGCAGAAGACAAGUGCCAGUACCAAUAGGGCUCAUCUUAAGAAACCGGAUGACCAAAACAGUAGCCUGUUGUGGAAAGCAUAAAUCACCACGAAGCGAAAAGAUGGUGAAAUGUCUCUAAAGUGUACCCUCUGGUAGUGCACUUCAGCAAAGCUACGUCUGUAUGAGAAUGCCAAAGAUCAGAGGCAAAAUCUGCUGGGAUCGUUCUUCUUUCCGUCCACCUUGGACUCGCGUUUCGGGGAAGUCGAAACAUGCCUUGGCUUUCUUUCGUGCAUUCCGUUUUCCUUCAAGUGUCUCUCCUCAUUCGUCUACAUCUUCUCUGUUUCAUUCUGCCGUUUCUUAGCAGCCUCGUUCGCGUUCCCCUCUCGUUUUGUUGAUCCUCCAUGCCUCGCGACUUCCUCCCCGUGUUACUCUCUGUCCUGACCCCAUUCGCAGUAUAUUUCUCGCUGCUUCCUGAGCUUAUCUUUUUUCUCUCUGUGACCCUUCUGUAGCCUAGAAAUCGCCCCCCGUCUGACGUAUCAGGUGGACGGCCUCCAGCAAAAUUUUUCCAAAACACGGGCGGUCAUCAUCUGGACAUGCUGAGUCCCCAUCGGAACAGCAACUUUCUUAUCGAGCCGCGACUUACACAAUGGAAAGCACCAGCUGGACAGCAUUGCUCAAGACUCGCUACUUGUCACAUUUCUGAAACGCGUGCCCUUCUCUGUCCUCACCAAAAGAUCUGGCGCACUAAUUUAUUUAAC